AUGACCCUCCCAUGGAUAUACCCUGUCCGAAUCGGGCAAGCACUCUUCGGCGUGAUUGUAAUCGGCUUAACAGGAUAUGUGGUUUCAACAUACUACGGCGGAUGGUCAUACUCGGAUACCGUCAACUUCCUCGUCUUCCUCGGUUGCUGGACUGCUUUUGUAGCAGUGCCCUACCUCACGAUUUCACCAAUAUGGUUCCCUCGUCUUGCGCACCGCUAUGUGAUUCCUGCUAUUGAAGUAAUUACCAUGAUCUUCUGGUUUGCCGGAUUUAUCGCUCUGGGAGCGAUGUUACCUCCGCCGAGAGGGUGUCAUGGAAGUGUAUGCAGCUCACUCCAGGCAGCAACGGUAUUUGGAGCUCUUGAAUGGUUACUUUUUGCGGUCACCAGCUAUUUUGGUGUUGUCGAUCUUAUGAAUCAUCGCCGUGGUGGAGAAGCAAAACCACAUUCGAAUGUGCACAUGGGAGUCUAA